GAGGAAUCUUUGUGCCUGAGCUUUGGAGGUUUCGUUCAGAAGGCCAGUUUGGCAGCGCAGAGUUCUCAGGGCGACCUGCUCUCUGGGAGUCAGGGAAAGCCAUCGGCCUCCGUGUGACCACCCCUUCUUUGCACAGGGACCCAGUGUGGGGAAAUAUGUCUGAGGGAGCCAAAUGCUGAACUGUUCUGGCAUUCACCAGCUGAAGUGAUCAGCGCUGUGAGACUCGGGGGCCAUUGGAUGUGCAGAGCAGGCCUCGCUAUUAAGGUCGUCCUCUCACAAGGGCCGUGGAAGAGCAUCAGAGCCGGUUUCUAGAACAUCUCCUCUUUGGGGUGGAGCGGAAACAUUUAAGAUGCAGCGAGCUUGGUGUCCGGUUUCCUUCGAGGAGGUGGCCGUGCGUUUCACGAAGGCCGAGUGGGCGCUGCUGAAUCCUGACCAGAGAGCUUUGUAUAGAGACGUCAUGGUGGAGAACUAUGGGAAUGUGGCCUCUCUGGCAUUUCACAAGCCUGCCCUUAUCUCCUGGCUUCAGGAAAGCGAAGCACCAUUUCCCCCAGACCCUGAAGAAGAGGAGAGCUUGGCAGGUCACAGGCAGGAGGAUGAGAACUAUAGUGACCGAUGUGCGGCAUCUCUCAAAACGACCAGCCACGAGGUGGAGGAAAAGCCUUCCAGGAAUGCAGAACAGUCAAAGAGGCAGAAAGAAAGCAAAGUAGAGAAGUCAAGGAAUCAGUCUGUAGUUUUCAAGGCUGGCAUCCUCCUUGAAACUCCAUCCCAAGAAGAAUGUAGCAAAGGAAAGAGGAGGAAUAAACAUUUUGAAAGCAGUAAAAAAUUAAUCUGUGAAUCCAGCUUUUCUUCCCAUCAGAGAAUCCAUGCAGGGGAUGAAACAUACAAAUGCUCUGAAUGUGGGAAGGGCUUCAGCAGGCUCGUUAGCCUCACUUCUCAUCAGAGAAUCCAUAAGAAGGAGGAACCAUCCAAGAGUUCAGACUGCAAAAACCCUUUUGGUGUAAGUGGAAGUCUUACUUCCCAUCAAAGAACCCACACAGGGCAAAAACCAUACGAGUGUCCAGAGUGCAGCAAGAGGUUCAGGUGUAACAGAGAUCUCACUUUUCAUCAGAGAAUCCAUUCAGAGGAGAAACAAUAUAAAUGCUUAGAAUGUGGAAAGAGUUUCCACUGGCGUUCCAACCUCACUGUGCAUCAGAGAAUCCACUUAAAAGAGAAACCAUAUAAAUGCUUGAGGUGUGGGAAGACCUUCACGCACAGGACGAAACUCACUUACCAUCAGAGAAUCCACACAAAGGAGAAGCCAUAUGAGUGCCAGGAGUGUGGACGGACCUUCAGCUGGACAACAUCCCUCACUUUACAUCAGAGAACCCACUCAGGGGUGAAACCCUACCAGUGCACAGUGUGUGGAAAGUGCUUCACUCAGAGUCCACACCUUGUUUCCCACCGAAGAAUCCAUUCUGGAGAGAAACCCUAUAUAUGCCAGGAGUGUGGAAAAGGCUUCAGUCAGAGCUCACACCUGACUUUACACCAAAGAAUCCACACGGGAGAAAAGCCACAUAAAUGCUCUGAGUGUGGAAAGAGUUUCCGUAUCAGCACAGGCCUCAAAUUACAUGAAAGAAUCCACACAGGGGAGAAGCCAUAUAAAUGUCUGGAUUGUGGAAAAACCUUCAAUCAGAGCUCAAGCCUUAAUACACACCGAAGAAUCCACACAGGGGAGAAGCCAUUUACAUGCUUGCAGUGUGGAAAGACCUUCUCCACCGGCACACAUCUUUCAGGGCAUUAUACAAUCCACAGUGGAGAGAAAAAAUAUAGAUGCAGGGACUGUGGAAAAAGAUUCAGAUGGAGAUGCGAUUUUUCAUACCAUAAAAGAACACACAAAGAAGAGGAAUCAGCCGUGGAAGAGCCUCAGAGCCGGGUUCCAGAACGUCUCCUCUUUGGGAGUGGAGUGGAAACACUGAAGAUGCAGCCAGCUCAGUGUCCGGUUUCCUUCGAGGAGGUGUCCGUGCGUUUCACGAAGGCCGAGUGGGCGCUGCUGAAUCCUGACCAGAGAGCUUUGUAUAGAGACGUCAUGGUGGAGAACUAUGGGAAUGUGACCUCUCUGGCGACUCCCAAGCCUGGCCUCAUCUCCUGGCUUCAGGAAAGCGAAGCACCGUUUCCCCCAGACCCCGAAGAAGAGGAGCGGUCGGCAGCUCACAGGCAGGAGGAGCAGAGUUACGCCAAGUGGUCUGCGAUAUCUUUCAAAAUGACCAACCUUGGAGGGGAGGAAGAGCCUUCUAGGAACCCAGAACAGUCAAACAGGCAGGAAGAAAGCAAAGCAGAGAAGUCAAGGAAUCAGUCUGUAGUUUUCCAGGCUGGCCUCCUUCUUGAAAACCCAGCCCAAGAAGAAUAUGGCAAAGGAAAGAGGAGGAAUAAGCAUUCUGAAAACAGUGAAGGAUUGAGAUGUGAAUCCAACUUUUCUUCCCAUCAGAGAAUCCGUGCAGGGGCUGAAACGUACAAAUGCUCUGACUGUGGGAAGGGCUUCAGCAGGCUCGUAAGCCUCACUUCUCACCAGAGAAUCCAUAAGAGGGAGGAACCAUCCAAGAGUUCAGACUGCAAAAACUCUUUUGAUCUGAGUGAAAGCCUUACUUCCCAUCAAAGAACCCACACAGGGCAAAAACCAUACCAGUGUCCAGAGUGCAGCAAGAGGUUCAGGUGUAACAGAGAUCUCACUUUGCAUCAGAGAAUCCAUUCCGAGGAGAAACGGUAUAAAUGCUUGGAAUGUGGAAAGAGCUUCCGCUGGAGUUCAAACCUCCAUGUUCAUCAGAGAACCCACUCAAAAGAGAAAGCAUAUAAAUGCUUGUUGUGUGGAAAGAGCUUCACUCUCAGUACAAGCCUCACUUCUCAUCAGAGAUUCCACACAAAGGAAAAGCCAUAUGAGUGCCCGGAGUGUGGAAAGACAUUCAGUUGGAGCUCAGCCCUUACUUCCCAUCGGAGAACCCACUCAGGGGAGAAACCCUACCAGUGCACAGUGUGUGGGAAAUGCUUCAGUCAGAGACCACACCUUACUUCCCACCGAAGAGUCCAUUCUGGAGAGAAACCCUAUAAAUGCCAGGAGUGUGGAAAAGGCUUCAGUCAGAGCUCGCACCUGAAGGUACACCAAAGACUCCACACAGGAGAAAAGCCAUAUAAAUGCUUGGAGUGUGGAAAGAGUUUCCGUCUCAGCACGUACCUUAAACUGCAUAAAAGAAUCCACACAGGGGAGAAACCAUAUAAAUGCCUGGAUUGUGGGAAAAGCUUCAGUCAGAGCUCAAGCCUUAAUAUACAUACAAAAAUCCACACAGGGGAGAAGCCAUAUAAAUGCUUUGAGUGUGGGAAGAGUUUUAGCAGCAGUUCAGAAUUUAACACACACAACAGAACUCACACAGGAGAGAAACCAUUUAAAUGUCUGCAGUGUGGAAAGGCUUUCUACACCAGCACACAGCUUACAAAUCAUCAUACAGUCCACACCGGAGAGAAAAAAUAUAGAUGCAGGGACUGUGGAAAAAGAUUCAGCAGGCUCAUAAGCCUCACUUCUCAUCAGAGAAUCCAUAAGAGGGAGGAGCGUUCCAAGAGUUCAGACUGCGAAAACUCUUUUGGUCUGAGUGAAAACCUUACUUCCCAUCAAAGAACCCACAGAGGGCAAAAACCAUGCCAGUGUCCAGAGUGCGGCAAGAGGUUCAGGUGUAGCAGAGCUCUUACUUUGCAUCAGAGAAUCCAUUCAGAGGAGAAACAAUACAAAUGCUUGGAAUGUGGAAAGGGCUUCCGCUGGCGUUCAAACCUCAGUGUUCAUCAGAGAACCCACUCAAAAGAGAAACCAUAUAAAUGCUUGAUUUGUGGGAAGAGCUUCACUCUCAGUACAAGCCUCACUUCCCAUCGGAGAACCCACUCAGGGGAGAAACCCUACCAGUGCACAGUGUGUGGGAAAUGCUUCAGUCAGAGUCCACAUCUUACUUCCCAUCGAAGAAUCCAUUCUGGAGAGAAACCCUAUAAAUGCCAGGAGUGUGGAAAAGGCUUCAGCCAGAGCUCACACCUGACUGUACACCAAAGCAUCCACACAGGAGAAAAGCCAUAUAAAUGCUUGGAGUGUGGAAAGAGUUUCCGUCUCAGCACACAUCUUAAAUUGCAUAAAAGAAUCCACACAGGGGAGAAACCAUAUAAAUGCCUGGAUUGUGGGAAAAGCUUCAAUCAGAGCUCAAGCCGUAAUGUACAUCAAAGAAUCCACACAGGGGAGAAACCAUUUAAAUGCUUGCAGUGUGGAAAGAACUUCUCCAGUGGCACACAGCUUAUAGCACAUCAUACAAUCCACACCGGAGAGAAAAAAUAUAGCUGUAGGGACUGUGGGAAAAGAUUCAGGUGGAAAUGUGAUUUUACACACCAUCAAAGAACACACACAGAGAAGAAGUCAUAG